CGGCGAUGCUGAAGAGCUCCUGGGACAGCCCGCCGUCGUCCACUCCUGGCUCGCCCACGAACGACACCUGCGAGCCCCGAGACACCCAUAGCGCCGAGGGAAAGGGGGGGCGGAACCCCUGUACGCGCACCGCGGCGCAGCCCGGGGCGGGUUGGCGGGCCCACAGGAAGCGGUACGGGGAGCGGCCAUGCUGCGCGGCAGUGGGCGCGGCGCGGCAGCCGUGCUGCGACGGUGGGCGAGCGGCGGCGGGCAGGGGCAGGGCUCGGGCUCGGGCUCAGCGCGGCCGCAGCCGCUGGAGCCGUCGCUGCUGCGCUUCCUGGUGUGCCCGCUCUCCAAGCGGCCGCUGAGGUACGAAGAAGCUACCAACGAGCUCAUUAACGAGGAGCUGGGCAUUGCAUACCCCAUCAUCGACGGCAUCCCCAACAUGAUCCCGGAGGCUGCCAGGAUGACUCGGAAGAAUCCCCCCCCAGCCGAGGGCUCGAAGCAGCCCUGACGACCCACUAGCCACAGCAGUGACCCGGGCCUGAUGGCCAGAGGAGGCAUGCUCCCCUCCCUGCCCACACUGACUGUACUUGUUCCUCUCCUGUCCCUAGCAGGCUUGUUUUACUCAGCCAGCGUAGAUGAAACCUUCCCACAGGGCUGCACCAGCACCAACAGCUUAUGUUUCUACAGUCUUCUCCUUCCUGUUACAAUACCCGUUUAUAUAUUCUUCCAUCUGUGGACCUGGAUGGGGAUUAAGCUUUUUAGGCACAACUAGUGUGGUGCAUUUGCUAACCCCUGGGCUUCUCUAAAGCAACACAGUUUAUUUAAUCUCAUCAGGUGUUGCAGUUGAUUUGAGAGAGUUCCCUUCUGGCACUAGUGACUGGUGCCAUUUUCCUAGGAGCAUCUGGAACUAUAUGAAGUCCUCUGCAGCAGCCCGUUACUUAAUUACUGCUAAGGCAGAUAAAGAGGAGGAAUAACAAGAAGCACUAAUUCUUCUAGUGUAUCCAUUCAAGAGUGUUGUGCGUUUGUAGUGGCACUAAUGAAAAUCUAGGCGGUGAUUGUUUUUAUGAGGAAGAACCGUACCCUGACUGAAAUAAUUGAUCUUAAAUAAUAAGCAAUGACAACAUGCAGCUAUAUGAAUCUGUCUUUGAAUUACAAGCUUUGUUUUGAACUGAUGUGUGUAUUGAAAUGUGUUUGUCUCGCUGUCAGAAGAACAUAAAAUAAAUUAGGCUGAUGUUUAAUAACAAAA